UUAUACUUCAGUGGUGAAAUACGUUCGAAAUGAGGGAAAUGAGUGUUAUGUUGUGAUGUGACGGUCGAGAAAUGUCAAUCAGCCUUGUUUUUUUUUAGAAGUUUCCAAGGAAUUCCACUACCAAAAAUGUUCUACAAUGCAAUUACCUUGUUGUUCGUAAUCUACUGUGCAUUUAUUCGUAUCGCAAUGACUUGCAAAUGUUUCUCAACUGAUGAUGAUCAUUAUAAAUGUCAUUUUGCAUCUAGAACACCAUAUAGGUACAUUGCCAAUUAUAACGAUUCACAAAUAAACUAUCCAGGAUGUACUGAGAAAAAAAUAUGGUUGAUGUUGCGUCAUGGAACACGUUUUCCCGGUAAAAAAGAUUCAUCUCGAAUGAUUAAGGAGCUUCCAAAGUUAAGGCGGCUAAUAAUGAACCAUUAUGAGUACAAUGAAUCUAAGAUUUCUCAACAGGCAUACCAUGAUCUUGCUAAAUGGAGACUUGACUUGGUCACUGCUGAUGCAAUGAAACUGACUGAGGAAGGCGAAAGGGAGUUCAUAGAUCUCGCUGAAAGGAUUCAAUCCCGAUUUCGCACCCUGUUACCGGAAAUAUACAAUAAUAACACCUACAAAUUAAAAUACACUCCCACACAACGAGCAGAGGAAAGUGCAAAGCAUUUUAUGAUUGGCUUAUUCGGUCAGCGUGCGGCUCAACAAGUUUGGUACCAUCCACCUGAGCACAAUGAUAAUGUACUCCGAUCUUACAAAAAUUGUGACCGUUGGAAGUCAGAAGUUAAACAUAAUCCAAACUCUGAUGAACAGAUGCGUUUGUUUAUAAAUAGCAAGCGCUUCAACGCAACACUGGACGAAAUAUCUCAAGUUCUCGGAUUUUUGAUUGAUUAUGACACGGCCUAUCUAAUCUAUUCGACUUGCGGAUUUGAGACCGCGUGGAAAACAAAUGCCAAUUCGCCGUGGUGCAAGUUUCUCUCACUCAGAAAUUUUCAGCUAAUAGAAUAUGCCAGGGAUUUGAAGUAUUUUUGGAAUGAUGGUUAUGGGUAUGAACUUAAUCACAGGCAAGCUUGCCCGGGUCUCCGCGAUGUUUUUCAAUUUUUUCAAACGGAGUCAGAGCUGAAAGCGGCCAUUUAUUUCUCGCAUUCUGGCAGCAUUUUGAAACUGGUUUCUCUUUUGGGACUAGCCAAAGAUGCAACAAAAUUGCGGCAUGAUUCAUUUGAGCUGCACCAGAAUCAUAGAGCCUGGAGGGUCAGUCGUAUUGAUGCCUUCGCGUCGAAUAUAGGAUUCGUUUUAUACGAGUGCCAGCGAGACGGUCCUAGUAUCCUGACCAUGCAUCAAGAACGAGUUGUGCAAAUUCCGGGAUGUCCUGAAAAUUCACCCUGUCCAAUUUCUGUUUUUGAGAAAAUAUUCUCUCAGAGCAUAAACCAGUGUGACUUCGAAAAGAUUUGCAGUUUGUAAUUUAAAAAAUAUCACAGAUUUAGGACUACUGACUUAUAUCGUAAUUAAACGAAUGAAGUAAUUGAAUCUGAUAUGAAUAACCACAGACAAGAAGUUUAUUACAGAAACGCAUAAACUACGUCGUCGCUGCCUACCAAAUUUGUAGGCAGCACGCAGUCAGCGUUUUUCAUCUUUGGCGGUUGGCAGAUAUUCGAAAUGCAAAAAGUUCGCACAUACGGGUUGAAGUAAUAAGUCAUAUUGAUUAGGUAUAGUAGCUUAACAUAUCAUCUCUACCGUUAAGAUACAAUAAUACUGGGAACACAUGUAUGAAAAAUAUGUCCCAGGUGACAAAAA